CAUCGAACCCCAGGCUGUAGUGACGCCGCAAACUGCGAUGCAGUGCCUCCCAGCACAUUUGGGUGUGUAAGGGAAUGUAAUGUCGAGCAGUUAGCCAAAAUAGUUUUGAAAUAAGAUAUCAUUGAUAUUAAUGUUCCACUUGGUAGAGAUGAGGCCAAAUGUAAGAUCAGAGCCAUUUUGAUAAUGUGUGUCAGAAGAGAUGGGACUCUGAGCACAAGGGCCGGUGUUUUAUAUGCCCUCUACAGAAAGGUCAGUGGACCAAGGUUCAAAGGUCAGAUUAGGAAGGAAGAGGUGGUGAUUGUGUUUAGGACAUUGUACAUCGAACUCAUCAUUACAUCUGGUUGGCAGCGUGUGAAUGGUUUGUGGGGUAGGCCGUCAUUGUAAAUAAGAAUUUGUUCUUAACUGACUUGCCUAGUUAAAUAAAGUUUAAAUAAAAAAUAUAUAUUUUGAACAAGAUUCCAGCUGGUUGUAAGCUCCUUGUAUUGCCUGCCUUCUCACUCCUGUACACUAGGUGGCGCUAAUGCACCGGGUAGUUUAGUCAUGCAGAAGAAUCAUACCCGGAAGUACGGUGAUGCAGUAACGCAGACAGUCGGCUUAUUUACCUUUCUUCCAAACAGUCUGGCUAGCUAGUUACUGUUAAAAUGGCAACAUAUAAGAUUUCUGCAUGUAUUGCCUUCGUUAAGAUGGCUGGUUAGUUUUCAAAUCGUUUCACGACCAGUAAAUUGUUAAACUGACGUGAGUGACCUCCAGCUGAUGUGAACGCAAAAGAACAACAAUCAAUAACAUGUCGGCAGAAUUCACUCUUCCCGGUUCUGACCGAACAAUAAUGGACGAGGAUGAUGUUAACAACCAGCCCAGCCCGUCCCCAUCCCACAGCCCCCCUGCAUCAGGAGAAGCUGAUCAAGAGGACCAAACAGAACCAACCAAAACCUUUUCUCACGGUUGUCUGGACUGUGGGAAAGAGUUUUCCCGCCCAUGUGACCUGGUGAGACACCAGAGGGUACACACAGGGGAGAAGCCCUACCCCUGUCCUGACUGUGGCAAGAGGUUCGCCCACUCAGGAGGCCUCCGAGAACACGAGAGGAUACACUCCGGAGAGAAGCCUCACUCCUGCUCUGUGUGUGGGAAGAGCUUCACCCAGAAGGGAAGUCUUAGAGUUCACCUACGGACACACACGGGGGAGAGACCUUAUUCUUGCGCCGUCUGUGGCAAGAGUUACACCCAAAAUGAAUUUUUGAAAGUGCACCAGCGAACACACACGGGAGAGAGGCCCUACUCCUGUUCUGUGUGUGGCAAGGGCUUUGCUCAGAUAGGAAACCUGAAGAAACACCAGCGGAUUCACACCGGGGAGAAGCCUUACCAGUGCCUGGAGUGUGGAGCCAGUUUCACCCAGAAGGACAGCCUGAAGAUGCAUCAGAGGUCUCACACGGGAGAGAAACCCUGCGUCUGCCCCGAGUGCGGGAAGGGUUUCCGCGACAACGGGCACCUGAAAGUCCACUUGAGAGUGCAUACAGGGGAGAAGCCGUACUCCUGCCCCGACUGUGGGAGACGGUUCAGCCAGGCAGACGUCCUGAAGAGACACCAGAUGGUGCACACAGGGGAGAAGCCGUACUUCUGCGCCCUGUGUGGGAGGAGGUUCGCCCAGCCUGCCACUCUGAAGUACCACCUCCGGACCCACGCAAGAGAGAACCAGACAGGAGGGCCUCAAUGCUGCCCAGUGUGACAGGAC